AUGGCGGGCUCACGGGCCAUCGUCCCAACGCUCGACACCGUCCGGUCCAUCGUCGAGAGGCCUCAUGCUGGCCCUGGUAAGAAGCCGACUCUCAUCCCCAUUUACCGCCAGAUUUCCUCCGAUCUCAUCACGCCGUCUGCCGCAUAUCUCAAGAUCUCAGCCCACUCCUCGUCCGAGCACUCAUUCCUAUUCGAGUCUGCCGCCACAGAGCAAGUAGGCCGGUAUAGCUUUGUUGGCGCCGGCCCGCGCAGGAUCCUCACCACCGGACCCGGAUACGGGCCUGAAACGGACCCUCUGCCUGCCUUGGAGAAGGAACUGGCCGAGCAUGUGGUCGCCCACGUGCCGGGUCUGCAGCUGCCGCCAUUGACUGGCGGUGCCAUUGGGUACGUCGGCUACGACUGCGUCCGAUACUUUGAGCCCAAGACUGCACGGCCCAUGAAGGAUGUGCUCAAGAUUCCCGAGUCGCUGUUUAUGCUCUUUGAUACCAUUGUGGCGUUUGAUAGAUUCUACGGCAUCAUCAAGGUCAUUAGCUACGUUGCGGUGCCGGAGGAUGGCAAGACUGGCCUAGAGGCUGCCUAUGAAACGGCCAAACGCACCAUUGACGACCUAGUCGAUGUGCUCAACUCUCCCGAAAUCGAGCUUCCCGAACAAGGCCCGAUAGAGCUGGGGCAGGAGGCCACUUCCAACAUUGGCCAAAAGGGCUACGAAGCACACGUCACCAAACUAAAGGAGCACAUUGUCAAGGGCGACAUCUUCCAGUGCGUGCCGUCACAGCGAUUCGCCCGACCUACCAGCCUCCACCCCUUCAACAUUUACAGACACCUGCGGACCGUCAAUCCGUCGCCGUACCUGUUCUACGUCAACUGCAAGGACUUUCAGAUCGUCGGCGCCUCCCCCGAGCUCCUGGUCAAGAGAGAGGCCGGUAGGAUCAUCACACACCCCAUUGCCGGCACCGUCAAGCGCGGCAAGACACUCGAGGAGGACCAGCGCCUGGCAAACGAACUGAGCAGCUCGCUCAAGGACCGCGCCGAACACGUCAUGCUGGUCGACCUUGCCCGCAACGACAUCAACCGCGUCGGAGACCCGUUCACGGUCCGCGUCGACCGGCUCAUGGUGGUCGAAAAGUUCAGCCACGUCCAGCACCUGGUGUCACAGGUUUCCGGCGUCCUCAGACCCGACAAGACGCGAUUCGAUGCGUUUAGAUCAGUCUUCCCGGCAGGCACCGUCUCUGGCGCGCCCAAAGUCCGCGCCAUGGAACUCAUUGCUGAGUUGGAGAAGGAGAAGCGGGGCGUCUACGCCGGUGCGGUGGGCUACUUUGGAUACGGAAGUGAGGACGAGAACGGGAACACGGUAGAGGGCGCAAUGGAUACCUGCAUUGCGUUGAGAACAAUGAUGGUCAAGGACGGCGUGGCCUAUCUCCAAGCUGGCGGCGGCAUCGUAUUCGAUUCGGAUGAAUACGACGAAUGGAUGGAGACAAUCAACAAACUCGGCGCCAAUAUGCAGUGCAUCAAGUCGGCGGAGGAGCUGUAUUACGACCAACAGCAAGCUGCUAAAAGUACCAAAUAG